CCCGAGCGCGCCGGCCGCAGACCAUUCGAUGCUUAUCAGCGUCCCAGUCGCGUUCGAGUCGUGCAGGUCUCUCGCGGGCAAUCGUCUUCCAGGGAUGGACCUCCGUCCAGGGACGGACCAGUGAGUGCAGUGCCAGUUCGGUCCCGACGCAGCCAAGACGCGGUCCGACGAGAGCCUCCCCGUGGAGCGCGGCUAUCCGACGGCGUCUCCGUGGCCGCUGUCGCUGCCGGCGCCAGAGCUGGACCCGGUGGCCGCAGCCUGGGGCCGCAAGCUGUACCCCGGGACGGGCGCGCCGAGAGUCGCCGCGCCGGGACUCAUGUUCGGCCUGCAUCACCACCAGGAUGCCGCCGGCCUCCACCACCACCACCAGCCUCGGGGGCCGAGCCUCAAGGAGGAGCCGCUCACGACGACGAGGUCGUGGAUGCAGCCCGCCGUGCCGGACCAGAACGGGAUCGGCGUGGGGAGGGCCCACUUCGAAAAACAACCUCCGAGCAACUUGCGAAAGUCCAAUUUCUUCCAUUUCGUCAUCGCUUUGUAUGACCGAGCAGGACAACCCGUGGAAAUCGAAAGGACGGCUUUCAUCGGAUUUAUCGAAAAGGAUCAGGAGGCCGACGGCCAGAAAACGAACAAUGGAAUACAGUACAGGCUGCAGUUGCUCUAUGCCAACGGUGUGCGACAAGAGCAAGACAUCUACGUGAGACUCAUCGACUCCGUCACCAAACAAGCUAUUGUAUACGAGGGACAAGACAAAAAUCCCGAGAUGUGUAGAGUCCUGUUAACACACGAAAUUAUGUGCAGUCGUUGCUGCGACAAGAAGAGUUGCGGGAACAGGAAUGAAACACCAUCAGACCCUGUGAUAAUAGACAGAUUCUUUCUCAAGUUCUUCUUAAAGUGCAAUCAAAACUGUUUGAAAAACGCCGGGAAUCCGAGGGACAUGAGACGGUUUCAAGUCGUCAUAGCGACGCAGGUGUCCGUUGAUGGACCUCUGCUCGCCAUCUCCGACAACAUGUUCGUACACAACAACUCCAAACACGGAAGAAGAGCGAAACGACUGGAUCCCACGGAAGGUCAAUUUCCAGGUCUCUACCCGCCCCUCCCUGUCGCCACCCCCUGUAUAAAGGCCAUCAGUCCGAGCGAAGGGUGGACAUCAGGAGGGUCUACCGUCAUCAUCGUCGGUGACAAUUUCUUCGACGGUCUUCAGGUGGUUUUCGGAACGAUGCUAGUGUGGAGCGAGUUGAUAACACCCCACGCUAUCCGAGUUCAAACACCCCCAAGACAUAUUCCAGGAGUGGUCGAGGUCACAUUAUCAUAUAAAUCAAAACAAUUCUGUAAAGGAGCACCAGGCAGAUUCGUGUAUGUUUCUUUAAACGAACCUACGAUAGACUACGGAUUUCAAAGGCUACAAAAGCUCAUACCGAGGCAUCCGGGUGAUCCUGAAAAGUUACCAAAGGAGAUAAUACUGAAAAGGGCAGCGGAUUUGGCCGAAGCCCUCUACACCAUGCCACGAAAUAACCAGUUAUCGUUGUCAGCGCCGAGGUCGCCGACGAUGGCGAAUAAUGGAAUGACGUCCACUUUCAAUACGUAUACGGGGCAACUGGCUGUCAGCGUUCAAGACAACGGAAACGGAAUGGGCUUGGUAUCUUCGCCCUUCGCCUCAAUGAACCCAUUCGCUUUGCCAACGUGUAACUCUCAGGGCUAUGGCUCACCUCUAGUGGGCACCACCAAGUAGCCAACGGUGGGCCAGUCGAGCCCAGUAAGUCAACACAGCACAACUCCCACACCUCAAGAAGACAACAGUGCAAUGUAUUCAGUGUAACGUGUACCAAAGACAAGUGACUACUAAACAAUUUUAAUCAUUAUUACAAUCAUAAAAUAAGUUACCGAAAAGUAAAGUUAGUGUUGUUGAUUUUUUAAUAGCCAUAAUAAGCCAAUUUAUUGAAAAAUAUUUUAAUUGUACAGUCUGGUUGAUUUAUAGUUUGUUGGAACAGUCCUGUGUUUCCUACCAGCAGAUACCUACUUAACUGUGAUCACGUGAAACGCGCCAAUAAAUACUUAUGUGAUAGUAACGACCAUAUAAGUAUUUAUGUCUAUGGCCUAGGUUAUAGAUAUUUCUGCACUAUAACAAAAUAAUCUAAAUUGCAAGUUUAGCAUAUCUCUACUGAAUAUACAUAUCGCUUCGAGCUGGGAUUCUAUAAAGAAACGAAAUGAUUUGUAGUUUUGUAAAAUAAAUUGUAUAUAUGAAUCUUUAUUUGUGAAAUGUACAAAGUUGUAAAGUAACAGGUAGGUUACGUAACAACGAGUCAACGAUUAUAUAUUUUGUAAAUUUAUCAUAUCAUAGUGCAAAGUUUUCGUGUAGCUGUACAUAAAAUAGAUAUAAAAGCAAUUUUAGUGACGAAUAUACAUUACAUACGUGUCUUUACAGUCCUCUUUUUCCGAAGUGAGACCAUUCGAGUAUACGAUUGUGCAAAAUUCUAACCCGUCUUUUUUACUUGCAAAAUUUAUAUUCGUCAUAUUUCUCAGUUCUACGCUUCCAAGUCAAUUGUCUGACGCAUAUUUUACUUUGAGGCAACAUUAGCUCGAACAAAAUGAUUUCCUCAACGGGAUUUAUACAAGCUAAAAUGACACACUUACAACAUUUCCAACCAACCUCACCAAUGAAAGUUAUUCAAGGAUUAGUGCCUUUAUUGAGGUAAAAAAAUAAAAAAAUUGAAUGACUCUUCCACUAGUACUAGAUUCAAAUCAUUUUGUUCCGAGCCGCAAUCUCUGUAUUUUUAAACACCACAACGAAUUUUAAAACUUCAUUUCCUCCAACGCACUUGAAAACUGACUUGGAGCGUAUAUACAAUUGUUUUGUAUUAGUUGUACAUAUGUACCAAACCAGUUGAUAGUUUAAUUUCGUCAGUAAUCUCGUUUUUGGAAACCGUGUAAAGUUCCCACGAAUCGAUUUUACUCGACCUUUAUUUAUUUUUUACACCAAACAGAGUGCAAAUAUUUUAAUUUUGUUGUGUACAAAAACCUACAUGUUUUCUUAAAGAUUUCUUAAAAAUAUAGAUGUAAAAUAAAAUUUUUAAGAUA